CCAAAGUGCAGCUGAUCAAGUAGAUUCCCUGAGACCGAACCCUGAUAGAAUGUCAAAAUUGCAAAAGCCGCUAGCGCGUGAUCACCCGCGUGACUUUGUCGCGUCUGUCUUGGCGCGAGCGAUCGCCAUUCAAAGACCGCAAAACCACGACAGGUCUGUCUCGGCAAGAGCGAUAGACCGUCCCACUGUGCAGUUCACUGGCUCGCUCGCCUCAUCGAGCGUCACUCCCGACACUGCACUUCACUUCCGUACUCAGCAGAUUCAGAGAUGAAUAUGGCAAGAAUACAAAGGCUCGCACUGUUUGCAGUCCUUAGCUUCGCUGGCAUAGCGAGAGCAACUCUCGAGAUCACUGCACCUGUUGCCUCUACGACCAUCGCAGCCGGCAAGCCCUUCCAAUUCACAUGGCAAGACAGCGGCGAUUCGGACCUGACGCCGCUCGGCACGCUCAAAGUCAUGGUCUACGUCGGCUCCCUGACGAACCAGACCAUGCUAGCAACCGUGGGCAAUUUUCCCGCAGGAAAGCUUUCCGGUUCAGGCACCAUUCCCGCCAAUAUCGGGCCCUCAGGGCACUACUAUUUCCUCCGCAUGCGUCCCUCGGUAUUUGGGAGCGACAUGACGAGCGACACCUACAGCGCACGCUUCACCCUGUCGGGAGGUACAGGCAAAUUCAGUAGCGACGCGAGCGAGCAAGUGUCGGGCAACAUUGAUGACAACAGCGAUUCUGAGACUGCGCCUACACCAGUAUCAGCGAGCUCGUCAUCGACCAAGACGUCGAGCGCUCACAGAAGGAGCAAAGCUACCAGCGCAGCCGGCAAUGCCACAGUCACUAGCGCAGCGCGCAUUGCAGGCUCGUUCGGCAAUGCCACAACGGGCGCUGACUUUGGUAUUCCCAUCGCUUCUGCCACUGUCACUUCACUCGCCAGUACUGCAUCGACAGGCGCGAGUGGUGCCACUCUGGCGAAACCACAAAGAGAAGUGUGGAUUGCUCUGACAACACUGACAUUGGUCACGCUUGCAUCACUCCGACGAUAGACCCGAGCCCCGUCCUAGUCAGCAUGGAGCUCGCCCUAGAACUGACUGUCAACGUGAUGGACAUUACGUCCCCGGGCUUUGUUGUACUCUGGCGUGAUCUUCCGAGACCCGCUGGCAGACGGCAGACAGAUCG